GAAAAAGUUUUAGGUUGUUUACAAAUUGCUGUUGCAGAAUAUAUCGUCUAUGCAAUUCGAAAAAUAUAGAAAAUAGCAAUGAAAGAAAAAAACUAAAGGUAUUUUUAUUUUUAUUUGAUAUAAAUAAUAUUUUGUUUUUAAAAAAGGUAUUCGUCGGAAAACGAGAAUUAAUAUAAUAGGUCAUUCUCUUGGUGGUACACUUCCUCGUUUUUCCCUUCGAUUUUGGCCAGAUAUUCGAUCAAUGAUAAAUCAUUUAAUUGCAUUUGGACCAACAAAUCGUGAAACAAUAAUGGCUGAUGCAGCGUGCAAAACAUUUCCUCCAAUUAAAUAUACAAAUAUAUUAUCAAAAUUUGAUGAACUUGUUCGACCACUUAAUAGUAGUGAAAUAAAUGCUCAAUGUGUUAAAAAUAUUUCUAUUCAAGAUAUUUGUCAAUUAAGAAUAUUUGCUGAACAUCUUGCAGCUGGAAUUUAUGAUUAUUGUGGUUAUAUAUUAACAAUGAAUGCAUUAAAUUCACAAUCAUUUUAA